AGAGAGGGGGGGGCGCGAGCGAAAGGAAAGAGGGACAGGACGAAGGAUGAAUGGCCCCGGGAGUCAUCAGCAUCGCGGCUUGGGCAUGCAUGGACGUUACAGAGCCGUGAUGGCCAAUGGCGCCCCGUCGGGGCCGCACGCGCGCGCCCCGGCACCGUCCCAUCCCCGCAGCGGUGGAUGGCACCCCCACGGUCCGCACCAGCAGCAGCACCAGCAUCAGCACCAGCCUCAGCAGCAGCAGCAACAGCAGCAGCAACAGCAGCAGCAGCAGCAGCAGCAGCAACAGCAGCAGCAGCAACAAUUCGCCACCGGCAGCAAGGAAUACCCGUACCGGCAGUGCCCGCCACGAUAUCACAAUGGGGAUUGCCCCGGGGUCGGCACGUCCUCCGGGCCGGCCGGCAAGGAGGUUUCCUAUCACGGGAACGUGGGCGGAAGCAGCGUGGGAUAUAAGCCGCCCCCGCAGCACAGCCCGCAGACGAGGGGCCCGCCGCCGCAUUUCCCCCAGGAGCCGGUUGGCCCGCCGGCCAACUCGCCGCCGUUGCACAUCAAUAUCUGCGGCCAAGAGAACACGAUGCGCGGCCCUAUUCUGAACAUGAGUCCCGGCCUCGGAGCCAGCGGAGUAGACAUGGAGUACCGCAGGAAUUCUCAAGCCACGAAUCAGCUACCUCUGAGUCCCGUGCAGAUCCAACCGUCGCCGCCGUACUACAGGCAGCCUAGUCAAGACGACGGUAGAAAGAGCGAGUCGCCGUCGAGGAAGCGUCGUCGAAUUUCUCGCAACGGCACUGUGUCUGGUAUAGAGGUCCGAGAGACGACGCCGCCGGCGCCAACGCCACCCCUGCACACGACCCCACCGCCUUGGGAAUUCGGGGGUGCGCCACAACGACGUUCGCCUCGCAAUCGCAUCUCCACCCGCGGCAGCCCAACCGUCAGGAAUCGUUAUCAGCGAUACUUGGAAUCGUACGGACUCUCCUAUCCUUUCCUGCCGAAUCCUCACAACAUCCACAAUCACGGCCUCCACAAUUCGCAUCACAACAUCCAUGGUUCCCACCCUCAUGGACUGCAUAACUCUCACCACAGCAUCCAUAAUGCGCAUCAGGCGCAUCCCCAUCCGCAUCCGGCGGCAGGCGGCACAGGGCAUCAUCCCGCGCAGGGUACGAACGCCCCCGUGGUCGUCGACGUGGGUCAAGUUGGGGUAUCUGGCCUAGGGGUUGCCGUUAGUGGAGAGCCGCUGUGGCAUCCGCAGGCGACUGGCUAUAGAAUCCCAUGUCAGCUCCACAGUCUCUAUACGCCACACGGAACACAUCCGUUUGGACAUUCGUGUCAGGUGACUCAUCAUCACAAUCAUUAUUCUGCUGCACAUCCGACGCAUCCAAGUCAUGGAAUCGUCGGUUCUUUGGUGGGUGCCGCUCCCAGAGGGUACGCGCCACCGGCCGGGGGUGUUGCAGGUCUGCACACUGCAGGUCCACCGCCCGUCCACACCGAUUACACAGCACAUCAUCAAUUAUCUCAGCAGAGAGAUGUCGAGCUGGAACUGAUAGAGUCCCAUCAUCACAGAGUGGGCGCCGCAGCUGGUGCGCCAUUGCCAUUACCACAUUCGUAUUCCCCACCGGCUCUUACGCCGACAGUGACGACACCGCCGCCCAUAUUCCUAUCAGAGACGCGAAAUAGUCAAUUGGAGAUUGUACAGAACAGAUCUCGGCGACUGACGUCUAACGUUCUGCGACGGCCGAGAUUCGGUAGAUGGAGGAGCACGACUCAGUUACCACCCAUGGCUUAUCCGGGAUAUUUACUACACUUCCUAGCGAUGUUCAGCAAUCCACCGCUAUCUCCCUACAACCAGGCUGAAUUAUCUUCGCCGGAUUCGGUGACGGAGAAUUACGAGGCGCUGCUAUCCUUAGCCGAGAGACUAGGGGAGGCAAAACCGCGAGGUUUGACUCGCGCGGAAGUCGAACAGCUACCCUCUUACAAAUUCAACGCGGAAACACACCAGGGCGAUCAGACUAACUGUGUUGUGUGCAUGUGCGAUUUCGAGGCCCUCCAGUCAUUACGUGUUUUACCGUGUUCUCACGAGUUUCAUUCAAAGUGCAUUGAUAAAUGGCUUAAGUCUAAUCGAACGUGUCCGAUAUGCCGUGGUGACGCCGGAGAAUAUUUCGGUAAUAGCAGCGGCGGUUCUGACUGACGCCAGGCCAGCGAUGUACACUAGCGCGAAACGUCGCAGCCAUCGAGAACAUUGCCACUGCGCAUUAGUGCGGGGAUGCCAGUCGUUGCGUUGCUGCUAUUUCACGCGAAUCUGUGCCGUUAAACAUUCGAUCAUCUGCUUACGUCGCUGGCGAGAGAUGUUUUCACGGUCGAUGGUCAACUACAAAACCAUGUUUCGACCAUCGGAAAUAACGAUGCUGAAACUGGCUGAAUACAAAUGUGAUGGGAAUGGUUAUGAUCGUACGAUCUUGUUAUAUAUCCCA